AUGACCGAGACAAUGAUUCAGAGGACGGCCAAGGCCAUCAAGCAGAGUCCGCGCGAGAUCUUUGGCUGGCAGCUCAUCUACUGCGUGCUGAUCAUUGCUUUCUCGGGUGUAGCCAAAGGUAUCGACGAAGGCAACAUCGCCUCGGUCGUCACCAUGAACUCGUUCCGCAAAGAGUUUGGCUGGACCCACCUCAGCAAGACCGACGAAGCCAACGUCAAGGGCUGGGUCAUCUCGAUCGCCACCGCCGGUGCCGUCCCCGGUGCCUUUGCCAGCAUCAAGCUCAACCAGAUGUACGGACGUCUUUGGUCUCUUCGCCUGUUUACUCUCGUCUACAUGGCCGGAGUCAUUGGCCAGGCCUGCUCUGGCGGUAACAUUGGUGCCUUGUACGCUUCCAGAUUCAUCGGCGGUAUCGGUAUCGGUGCCACCACGGUCAUGCCCUCGGUCUACAUUGCCGAAAUUGCUCCAAGCUGCAUUCGAGGUCUCGCUGUCCUCCAGUACGCUGCUUGCCAGCAGCUCGGUGUCGUCUUUGGAUUCUUCUUUGCCUACGCUUCCCAGCACCACCAGCCCAACAACUCGUCGAUGCAGUGGCGUCUUUGCACCUUCAUGCAGCUCAUCCCUGCCGCCAUCUGGCUUGCCGGCUCUUUCCUCUGCAUCGAGUCUCCCCGAUGGCUGCUCAACAAGGGAAAGGAUGAGAAGGCGCUCGAGAACUUGUCGUCCUUCCGCAACUUGGACGCCUCGCACCCCUAUGUUCAGCAAGAGUUCGACUUGAUGCAACGCGGCGUUCUCGAAGAGAAGCACGCAACCGCUGAUGCAAGCAUGUGGCAGCUCACCAAGGAGGUCUUCGCCACCGCCAACUCGCGCCGCCGCUUCUGGAUCCUCACCGCCGCCCACCUGUUCGGUCAGUGGAGUGGUUCCAACUCGAUCACCCAGUACAGCCCCACCAUCUUCUCGUACCUUGGCAUCACGGGCGACACGACCAAGCUACUCGCCACCGGUCUCUACGGUGUGGUCAAGUUCACCUCAACCGUGGUGACCGCCUUCUUUGUCAUCGACUUUAUCGGACGUCGCCGCUCGCUCAUCACGGGUGUCAGCAUGCAGAUUGUAACGCUUACGAUUGUUGGUGCCUACCUCGGCGUUACCAACGGCAAGACAACGGCACAGAUCGAGGCCUCCAAGUCGCUCACCAGCGCCUCUCGCCUGGCCAUCGUCGCCAUCUACUUCCACGCUGUCGCAUGGUCCGUCGGCUGGUUCUCGCUGCCCUACCUUCUCUCUGCCGAGCUCUUUGAGACCCGUGUGCGUGGUCUCACCUACGGCUUCUACAUGGCAUGGCACUGGCUCCUCUACUUUGGUUGCUCGCGGGCUACCAGCUCGAUGCUCGUCGCCUUCGACCGCUGGGGUGCCUUCGCCUUUUUUGCCGGCAUCUGCGUCCUCGGUCUCACCUUUGUCUUCUUCUGCAUCCCCGACACUACCGGUCGAUCGCUCGAGGAGAUCAAGGACAUCUUUGACACUCCCGCCUUCAGCAUCUGGCGCGUGGCUUACGCCCAGCCCAAGCACGACAGCGCCUUGCACGAGGUCGACGAUGCCGAGGCUGCUCGCCUUCCCCAGUCCAGCUCGGCUUCGUCGCACAGCCAGAGGAAAAGCCUCGAGAAGAAUGUAUGA